CGCGUUGAGUCGCAUUUUCCUCUGGUCUAUCAGGGGAAUAUACGAUAUUCUUCGUAUUCUUUAACAUUUAUCGUUCAUGAUCUUAUGAUCGUAGUUCGGCCGCAACGGCCGCCUUCUUUUCUCUUCGUAUUACCUCUUCUUAUCUAAACUUCGUUUUGCCCCAAGUGGCGCUGUUGGUUUUUUUUUUUUUUUUAAAUUCCACCUUGCGACUGGUAUCGCCUACUCUUAAAAGUCUAUAGUUAUGGCAUCAAUUACAACCCGGAAUGGUAAAAGGUGUACGGCGGUGCCGAAGAAAGCAGGUCUCGAACUUGCUGCUGUUGCUACAUCAUCUUCGUCUUCAUCCUCAUCUUCCUUGACAUCUUCAAGUUCUAGCUCAACGUCAACAUCAUCAUCUUUGUCCUCGAGUUCAACGUCAAGCUCCUCAUCUUCUUCAUCCUCUUCGUCCUCCACAUCUCAAACUGCGACCGAAAAUCAACCGACUUCGGCGCCUCAAGACCAAAACCAAGCGAACCCAGACGAUCCUGCUUCGAAUUCCUCGGCUCCUUCUCAAGAUACCGGAGGCGCGUUACCCGGCAAUCCUUUCAACAAUGUAGGAGGUGCAGCUCCUUCAACAUCGCUUCCGGAUUCGAUUAUAAGCACUAGCGCUGCAUCAACUCCGACAGAUUCUUUACUUACUGCUGAUCUCCCUACACCUUCUCCUAAUCAGCCAGACAACCAGUCCCAGGAUACUAAUGGACUUGACAACACCGAUCCAACGGCGGCACAGUCAGGGGAUUCAGAUAUAUCAGCAAGUUCAGUGGGCAAUACUGCGAUAGGAGCAACAAGUGGUACACAACCUACUGGGACAUCAUCAGAAGCUGGAGCAAAUGGGGCUGGGCUACCGGGUACUCAGCAGGCCGUUACUGGCAAUGCUAUCACUACGCAACAAACGAUAGCAAUAGCUGGUGGUGUAAUUGGUGGAGUCAUCAUCCUUUCACUUAUAGCAUUUGGUAUAUGGUUCUGGCGGAAGAGAAAGAUGCAGGAUCGGAGAAGCACCAUGCUAACACCAAUGUCUCCAAAUGCUACGUUCCGCGGUGGUGACGAUGAGAAGGGCCCUUACCUUAUCAGUCGAACUUCCUUAGGACCGACACCAUUCUCCGAAAAACUAUGGGCUACUGUUGGUGCGAAAUAUCGAAAGUUACGUGGAAGAGUUGGAGAUAUCGUAGCUCGAAGUAAUAGCCCAAGUCCAAGUGUCAAUCUUGACCGAGGAAACUCUCAGUUUGGGCCGCCAGAUGCUGCCCAUAGCCGAAAAAAUUCAAGUAGUGGUGGUGCAAAAGGAGGCCAAUUUACUAAUAAGGGUGGCUUCGUCGACUGGUGGGGUCGGUUAGAUGAAGAUGGCGAUCUCAACUGGAGAUUACGUCACGAAUCCCAAGGCAAUGCUGCAGCCAGCAGUUCACUUGCUGUCCCGCAAUCUACUAAGCAGGGUAAUGGAUCUAACUCGCGGCCCGACUUUCUUACGCUCAUGAAUAUGGACGACAAACAGCUUGAGCGAGAAGCAGGAAGGGGAAGGGGGAGUGUAGGCGGCCAACGUCGUUCCAUAUCCGUGGGUGGCGAACAACAUUUCCUCGGUGGCCUAGGAUUGAACUUUGAUUCAGUCGAUCCCUUCUCCGACGUAAAUGCUAUAGGGAAUAAUACAGCUAAAGCUACGCCUUUAGUAGUAUCAGCAGCAAACAACCCAUUUUCGGAUGCGAACGCCAUAUCAGGGCCAUCGAAUGCUGGACUGACGCCUUAUAUCCAGAACGUACGACGCUCCCGUGGACAUAGCGUAAACGGUGGUCUAAGUCGACAGGCCAGCAGUGCCGGCAAUCGUGGUAAUAGUGUAUACCGCGAGUCUAAUGCCAGUGUGGACACGGUUGGCACUAGACGGAACAAGUUCCGCUCAGAUCCGUUCGAUCUAGACCGACCGGAUCUUUUUAGCAAUUCUAGCGUCAGCGUGCUUGCAGGAGGUAUCAGCAGAUCUGGUAGUCGCAGGAACACCAGUGCGGUACCGAAAACACCGCAACAAGCACAUGUCAGAGCUGAUAGCUUCACAUCAAAAUACUCUAGUGGCGUUAGCGGCGCGAGCCUGAGCGAGUGGAGUGACCCCGGCCCUGAUGUUGGACCAGCAGCCGUGCGAUAUACACCGGAUAGUGCACUAGGGAGGCAGCCUUCUAACAAGAAGGGAAGGAGUGGCACUAGUCAGGGCAGUGUAGGCAAAGCGUUAUGAACAAAUAUCACGUUCAAGGCGUACGAAGCAUUCACGGCAUAGAAAAGGGGUCCGGAGAGAAACAGCAUCGGAUGAAGGAGCAUGAAGCGUUGUUGCUUGAUUUAU